GGGUCACGUAGCGAGAGUGCUCAGCAUGAAGCGGCUGUUGGGGGGCGGCGCGUGCCUCUCCCGCUGCUGCCCUCUUCUCCUCCUCCUCGCGCUCCUGCGGCUGGGCUCGAGCAGCGGCGCGUGCCCCUGCGGCGACCCCGCGCUCUGUCGCCCGAUCGCCGGCACCCAGGAGUUCGAGGUCUUUGUGUUUGAUGUUGGAAGAAAAACGUGGAAGUUCUAUGAUUGGUCACAGAUUACAACUGUGGCAGCUUUUGGAAAGUAUGACCCUGAGCUAUUGUGUUAUGCUCAUUCUAAAGGAGCCAGGGUAGUACUAAAAGGAGAUGUACCUGUGAAGGAAAUUAUUGACUCUGCUAACAGAACAGCCUGGAUAGCACGACAGGUGGACCUGGCCAAAAAGCAGUAUAUGGAUGGAAUUAAUAUAGACAUAGAGCAAGAAGUUAUUGCGAUGUCACCUGAAUACUAUGCAUUAACAGCUUUGGUUAAAGAAACUACUGAUGCUUUUCAUAGAGAAAUUCCAGGAUCACAGGUCACCUUUGAUGUGGCUUGGUCUCCAGCAUGCAUAGACAAAAGAUGCUACAACUACAGUGGGAUUGCAGAUGCCUGUGAUUUCUUGUUCGUGAUGUCUUAUGAUGAGCAGAGUCAGGUCUGGACAGAAUGUAUUGCAAGAGCCAAUGCUCCCUACAAUCAGACCUUAGAUGGAUAUGAUGACUACAUUAGUAUGAGCAUUGAGCCUAAGAAGCUUGUGAUGGGUGUUCCCUGGUACGGCUAUGAUUAUAGAUGUCUGGAUUUGUCUAAGGAUCACGUUUGUUCCCUCCCAAAUAUUUCUUUCCGAGGGGCUCCAUGCAGUGAUGCUGCAGGGCGUCAGGUCACCUAUGGAACAAUAAUGAAGCAGGUGAAUAGUUCUAUUUCUGGGAGCCUGUGGGAUGAGGAGCAGAAGGCUCCAUAUUAUGAAUAUAAGGACUCUCUUGGUCAUUUUCAUCAAGUAUGGUACGAUAAUCCACAGAGCAUUUCCCUGAAGGCAACGUAUGCAAAGAAACGUGGUUUAAGGGGUAUUGGCAUGUGGAAUGGAAAUUGUCUUGACUACUCCAGAAGUUCUGUAGCAGAGCAGCAGACUGAAGCAAUGUGGCGAGCCUUGAGACCAUAGCAACUAUAUAAGAUAGUGAACACUACCUCUGGAUUUAGAAUGUAGAAAAUUAAUUGGUAGUUAUGGCUAAUAUUCUGUAUUAUGCCUUCUUGCAAGCAUGCACUGGUUACAAGCAAAACUUCAUCUUGUCAGUCUCUGCUUAAGGCAGUAUUUUUAUACCUUAGAAAGUAUUUAACAUUGCAUUAACACUGUUUUAACAGGUUCUGGUUAUUCUCAUUUUCAUAACUGGCAUCAGACCUUGAACUCGACACUCAUAAUAUAUAUUAACAACAUAUGUAUGUUGAAUCAUUUAAAAGAGAGCAUAUGAGAAUGAGGUGUUCUGCUCAACACAAAUGCUUUUAACACAGUUACUGUUCUUUAUUCUGUAAACUUUAUAUCUAAAAAUAUACACCGACGAGUUGUGAAGGUUUUAAUUAUUUGUAGAAUUUAGCUUUGUUGCCAGUGAAACUGAAGAAUUCAAUAUUCUUUUUAUGUUUACAUAAUAUUGUGAGGUUUUUUACAACUUCAAAAGCCAGAAAACCUCAGGCUUCAAAGAAAGCUUGCACCCAUUUUGCUCAAAGCUGCAUUCUAAAGUGUAUAUGAUAAGCAUUUCUUAUGACCUGUCUAAACACAUUGAUUUCAUAAUUAACAUUUUUAAGUGUCUACAUUUUUGAAUUAGAUGAUUGUAGUCACAGUACCGCUGUGAUUUCUGAUGCUAGUGAAAAAAUCUGUCUUUAGAUAAAUUUCAUGUAGAUCUUGCCGAGAGAAGAAUCCUGCAUCAGUAGAGAGAUGGAUUGGAUAAUCUAAUAGAUAAUUUUUCAUCUUGAAAUUCUGUGAUUCCUGACAACUAAGAGGAUAGAUUCCUUGAUCUAGAGUGGUGUUUUUCAAAUUUCUUUACACAAAACUCAGGCUGAAUAAAAGGACCCUAUGUUCAUUUCUAGUUGCUUAUAAAAUGUGAAAAUAUUCAGAAUGAGAAUCUCAGGUUAGUCAUAAUAUUUUCUGAUGAUAAUUCAUUGUGCCAGGGGAAUUUUGAAUGAAAUAUUAAAAUAUUUGCAAACA